GGCCCAUCAUCGUUUAGAUACUCCGUCGGAGUCUUCUUCUUCGUCAUCGUCCCAAAACCAACCAGAACGGCUCUGUGAUCGGAACCGCCGUAUACAUCAAUUCAACUACGUAUGUGCCUUCGUCCCUUAGCUUAGCCAGAUUCAUCACUGGGGAUUUCAUCAGCAGCCGUACAAUUAUGCCCUCUGGUUGCAGUAUCAGAGCUCUCUGGAUCAUCAACAAUCAAGACACUGUUGUUUUCUCCAGGAGGUUUCCGGUCGUCGAGAAGCAAUGGUGCUCCGCUUACAAGACGGAGAACGAAAACACUGGAUUAGAUCUUCCUAGACUUCCCACUGAUCAACAAAUCUCCGAUUCUUUUACUCGAAGAAAGAGACGGGAAGGCUCUACUCGUGGAUAUGGUAUACGUGUUGCUCAAUCCACCAAAGGAUCGGAUUCUUGGGUUGAUGAUCCCAUCACUCGUCAUAUUAUCAGCCUUUGCUUAACCGAAGAAGAUGAUGAUGAUGAUGAUGAAAGGAACAUUCUCUGGCCUAUUGCUCUGCAUACCAAAGCGCUUUACUCUAUCCUCGUCUUGCCUUUGGUUGAGCCAAAGGAGAUGAAGGAUUACGUCAAGCUUUGUAGGAGAUCUGAUUGUGGACCAGCUGUUGGUGAAGAUUUGAGUUUAUCAUCUCUCUUGCUUAACAUUUCAUCCAUUACAGGGGCUUUUAUGGUGGCUCAUGCAUUUGGUGACAUCAUUUCUGGUGAUACAGUGGAACCUGAGGUUGUUGUAAGUGUGUCACCAUCAGUUGGGGGGUUGUUUGAUUCACUAACUGGAAGCAUUGGUAUCUCAUCGAGGGCUAAACCUGUAGCUGCACCUGUUGCAUCAUCUAACCCGUCUGGAGCUGCAAUAACUGGAGCUACAGCAUCGGAUGCUCCCAAAGCAGGGUCAAGAUUACUGGAUAGAGAUUUACUUAGAAACUUUAUUGCUACUGCUAUGCCGUUUGGUACCCCAUUAGACCUCAGCUUGUCUAAUAUAUCUGCUAUGAAAGCGAAUGGUUUUUCCUCUGCUGAUCCUCCUCCCCAAGAACUUAAGCAACCAGCAUGGAAGCCAUACCUGUACAAAGGAAAGCAAAGGCUAUUGUUCACAAUUCAUGAGACCGUUAGCGCUGCAAUGUACGACCGCGAUGAGAUUCCUGAUAAUGUAUCUGUUGCGGGACAGAUAAACUGUCGGGCAGAACUAGAAGGGCUGCCUGAUGUGUCGUUUCCUCUAGCAGGGCUGAGUACAGCCCAUAUCGAAGCUAUAUCUUUCCAUCCAUGUGCCCAAGUUCCAGCACAUGGGAUUGACAAGCAGAACAUUGUUUUCCAGCCUCCCUUGGGUAACUUUGUUCUCAUGCGAUACCAGGCAGGUUGUGGACUCGGACCACCAGUGAAAGGGUUCUAUCAGCUAUCAAUGGUUUCAGAAGACGAGGGUGCAUUCCUCUUCAAGGUGCACCUCAUGGAAGGUUACAAGGCUCCUCUGUCAAUGGAAUUUUGCACUAUUACUAUGCCCUUUCCACGGAGACGGAUAGUGGCAUUUGAUGGGACUCCGUCAGCUGGGACUGUUUUAACCACAGAACACUCUGUUGAGUGGAGGAUUCUGGGCAGCGGACGUAGUCUUUCUGGGAAAAGCCUUGAGGCAACUUUCCCUGGGACAAUCAAGUUUAGUCCAUUGCAGAGCAGAAGAAAAGGGGAUGGGGAUGAUGAAGAGAGUGAGGAUGAGAGCGCUGAGAAUGUGGUGAACGUGGAGGACUUCUUGGUGCAGAAAAUGAACAAGGAUCUCCCAGCAGCUGAGUUGGAGGAACCGUUCUGCUGGCAAGCCUAUGACUAUGCCAAGGUCUCGUUCAAGAUUGUCGGGGCAUCUGUAUCUCGAAUGUCAAUCGACACAAAAUCAGUCAAUAUCUACCCAACCACAAAGUCACCGGUUGAGUUUUCUGCUCAGGUGACUUCAGGGGAUUAUAUAUUGUGGAACACAUUGGGGAAAGCUCCAUCAGCAGCCGUCGUGUGAUUUCCCCAAGUCGCAGCCUCACUGGUAUUGUAUUUUCCCAUCCCAAGGAAGUGAUUUAUUUGUUUGAGUUUGAAAGCAUUAAACGUAUGAAUGAGCAGUUUGAUUUUUACAGCGGAAGUGUAUCUGUACAUUAUUGUUGUUUCUUGAGAGAUAAAGAAAGAUGAAUGUUGUUUUAGUUGCAAAUCUGUCUGGAAUGGAACAUGUGAUAAUAAAACUCGUAAGGUGGUUGUGUUCAUGAAGUUGCCACUGUUUCAUAAUUAGUCUACAAGCCUAAGAAAGAAAUUGCUCUAUAUAGAGAAUGCUAUCUAGAUAUAGUAUAUAUCCAGCUCAUAAAGGAGAUUAUAAUCCAAGGUUUGCAGCAAUAUGAGGUCUGUAUUUUAUGAAAUUACAAAAUUAGAAGAAAAAUAUCAAUCAAUUUAAAGAUUGUUGUUGCCACGUCAAUGACACUGUCUCUGUAGUUCCAAUGAGCUUGGAAUAACCACCGACAGAUCUCAUUCAUAGGGAGCAAGCUGCCAUUGGAGGUUAAUUCCAUUUUUUUCAUAAUAAAGGUUAACUGUCCAAACUCGAAACCCUGAUUUAUUUAGUUUUCAAUAAAUGUUUUCAUGCCUUUUAAGAGUGUGUGCUAAGCUAACAGAUGAGCUGUUAUUACCUUGAAAACUCUAAUCUAUCUUAAUUUAAUAAGUUCUUAAAUAUCUUUCCAACUUUUUUU